AGCGACAGCUGUUCCAGGCGCUCCGUGUCGAGCACCGGAGUCCCGAGCCGUGGCUGCCACUGGCGGUGGGCGGGCGGAGGAGAGCACCGGACCACCAGCGCAGGCUGCCGAGUCCGGGCGGCCGCCUGCGUGGAAGCCGCGAGACGCGGGAACAGCUGGGGGACCCCCCGCAGCGGGGACGCGAGGACCCGGGCUGGGCUUUCCUCACCCUGCGAUCCCUCAACUGAUGUGAAAGAUACCCUAUGAAAGUUGUCUUGUAUUCUGGAUGGGUUUGAUUGAACCUGCCAUAGAAAGAAAAGAUUUAUGAGAGGUACCUUGUUAUCCCAUAACUUUGGUAUCCUGAAAUCUGAGGAUUCUACCAAGAUAAUAUGAUAAGAACUUUCAGUGAUUUGGGGCCAUAUCCUACUUAGACUAAUGUGGAAUUUCCAGAUUUCCUGAGAGCUUGGUACAGCAGCACGCACUGCUUGCUAAUCAGCACAGGCAAUAAUGCCAUCUCUGCCUCAAGAAGGAGUUAUUCAGGGACCCUGUCCCCUGGAUUUGAAUACAGAAUUACCUUAUCAAAGCACAAUGAAAAGGAAAGUCAGAAAGAAGAAAAAGAAGGGAACCAUUACAGCAAAUGUUGCCGGGACAAAGUUUGAAAUUGUUCGUUUAGUAAUAGAUGAAAUGGGAUUUAUGAAAACUCCAGAUGAGGAUGAAACAAGUAAUCUUAUAUGGUGUGAUUCUGCUGUUCAGCAGGAGAAAAUAUCAGAGCUGCAAAAUUAUCAGAGGAUCAACCAUUUUCCAGGAAUGGGGGAGAUCUGUAGAAAGGAUUUCUUAGCAAGAAAUAUGACCAAAAUGAUCAAGUCUCGGCCUCUGGAUUAUACCUUCGUUCCUCGAACAUGGAUCUUCCCUGCUGAAUAUACUCAAUUCCAAAAUUAUGUGAAAGAAUUGAAGAAAAAACGGAAGCAGAAAACUUUUAUAGUGAAACCAGCUAAUGGUGCAAUGGGUCAUGGGAUUUCUUUGAUAAGAAAUGGUGACAAACUUCCAUCUCAGGAUCAUUUGAUUGUUCAAGAAUACAUUGAAAAGCCUUUCCUAAUGGAAGGUUACAAGUUUGACUUACGAAUUUAUAUUCUGGUUACAUCGUGUGAUCCACUAAAAAUAUUUCUCUAUCAUGAUGGACUUGUGCGAAUGGGUACAGAGAAGUACAUUCCACCUAAUGAGUCCAAUUUGACCCAGUUAUACAUGCAUCUGACAAACUACUCGGUGAACAAGCAUAAUGAACGUUUCGAACGGGAUGAAACUGAGAACAAAGGCAGCAAACGUUCCAUCAAAUGGUUUACAGAAUUCCUUCAAGCAAAUCAACAUGAUGUUGCUAAGUUUUGGAGUGAUAUUUCAGAAUUGGUGGUAAAAACCCUGAUUGUAGCAGAACCUCAUGUCCUGCAUGCGUAUCGAAUGUGUAGACCUGGUCAACCUCCAGGAAGCGAAAGUGUCUGCUUUGAAGUCCUGGGAUUUGAUAUUUUAUUGGAUAGAAAACUAAAGCCAUGGCUUCUGGAGAUUAACCGAGCCCCAAGCUUUGGAACUGAUCAGAAAAUAGACUAUGAUGUAAAAAGGGGAGUGCUGCUAAAUGCAUUGAAGCUACUAAACAUAAGGACCAGUGACAAAAGAAGAAACUUGGCCAAACAAAAAGCUGAGGCUCAAAGGAGGCUCUAUGGUCAAAAUUCAAUUAAAAGGCUCUUACCAGGCUCCUCAGACUGGGAACAGCAGAGACACCAGUUGGAGAGGCGGAAAGAAGAGUUGAAAGAGAGACUCGCUCAAGUACGAAAGCAGAUCUCACGAGAAGAACAUGAAAAUCGACAUAUGGGAAAUUAUAGACGAAUUUAUCCUCCUGAAGAUAAAGCACUACUUGAAAAGUAUGAAAAUUUGUUAGCUGCUGCCUUUCAGACCUUCCUUUCAGGAAGAGCAGCUUCAUUCCAGCGAGAGUUGAAUAAUCCUUUGAAAAGGAUGAAGGAGGAAGAUAUUUUGGAUCUUCUGGAACAAUGUGAAAUUGAUGAUGAAAAGUUGAUGGGAAAAACUACCAAGACUCGAGGACCAAAGCCUCUGUGUUCUAUGCCUGAGAGUACUGAGAUAAUGAAAAGACCGAAGUACUACAGCAGUGACAGCAGUUAUGAUAGUAGCAGCAGCUCUUCAGAAUCUGAUGAAAAUGAAAAAGAAGAGUACCAAAAUAAGAAAAGAGAAAAGCAAGUUACAUAUAAUCUUAAACCCUCCAACCACUACAAAUUUAUUCAACAACCCAGCUCCAUAAGGCGUUCAGUCAGCUGCCCUCGGUCCAUCUCUGCUCAGUCGCCUUCCAGUGGGGACACCCGCCCAUUUUCUGCUCAACAAGUGAUAUCUGUGUCACGGCCAACUUCUGCGUCUCGGUCACAUUCCUUAAACCGUGCCUCCUCCUACAUGAGGCAUCUGCCUCACAGUAAUGAUGCCUGCUCUACAAACUCUCAAGUGAGUGAGUCUUUGCGGCAACUGAAAACAAAAGAACAAGAAGAUGAUCUAACAAGUCAGACCUUAUUUGUUCUCAAGGACAUGAAGAUCCGGUUUCCAGGAAAGUCAGAUGCAGAAUCAGAACUUCUGAUAGAAGAUAUCAUCGAUAACUGGAAGUAUCAUAAAACCAAAGUAGCUUCAUAUUGGCUCAUAAAAUUGGACUCUGUAAAACAACGAAAAGUUUUGGACAUAGUGAAAACAAGCAUUCGUACGGUUCUUCCACGUAUCUGGAAGGUGCCUGAUGUCGAAGAAGUAAAUUUAUAUCGGAUUUUCAACCGGGUUUUUAAUCGCUUACUCUGGAGUCAUGGCCAAGGGCUGUGGAACUGUUUCUGUGAUUCAGGAUCCUCUUGGGAGAGUAUUUUCAAUAAAAGCCCAGAGGUGGUGACUCCUUUGCAGCUCCAGUGUUGCCAGCGCCUGGUGGAGCUUUGUAAACAGUGCCUGCUAGUGGUUUACAAAUAUGCAGCUGACAAAAGAGGAUCGCUUUCAGGCAUUGGUCCUGACUGGGGUAAUUCCAGGUAUUUACUACCAGGGAGUACCCAAUUCUUCUUGAGAACACCAACCUACAACUUGAAGUACAAUUCACCUGGAAUGACUCGCUCCAAUGUUUUGUUUACAUCCAGAUAUGGCCAUUUGUGAAACAGAAAGGAAGAUCGCCAUUGGUUAUACAUAACAGCAAUUCAUUUUUUCCUCUGAAGUUGAACAUGCAAAGAACAUGACCAUUAAGUGCUGUUUUAUGUAUAUAAGACAUAUAUAUGUGUGAAAAUAUAUGCACAUAUGCACCCAAAUAACAUAUAUUUAUUAUAUUAAAUAAUAUAUGAAAUAAGAAUUAGCAGAAAAUGGAAUAUAAGACUUAACCUUUCUGGAAAUGUAAUAAACCAUGUUAAAAUUGUUUACACAAAUACGUGAAUGUCUAGAACUUGCUAGGUUUAUAAUUAAUUCCUUCCUACUAGAAAUGUUAUUUUUGCUGCAGAGUAUAUAAAACAAAUUGAUCUUGAGGAUCCAAUUACAGUGUUAAAUUAUUUUCUAGAUAACAUGCCUUUUGACCUGAAAAAGGGUUUAGUAUAAUACCUUAAAAAUUCUCAUAUAUAGUAGCCAUUUUAAAUGAAACAAAAAGAUUUAGAAGCCUGGUGUUGCUUGAUGAUAAGAUUAAGAAAUUUAAAACGGGUUUAUCAUUAACAUAGCACACUAAAGUACUAGAAAAGUCAUAACCUAAUUCUCUAACCUUUUUAUUCCUCUAUGUGGAAAUUUAGCUACUUGUAAUAAUGUACAUUUUCAGUAAGGAUCUGGUGAGAUCAUAUUAUGGUCUAAAAUGGAAGAUAGGCCGGGCAGGGUGGCUUAUGCCUGUAAUCCCAGCACUUUGGGAGGCUGAGGUCGGUGGAUCACCUGAGGUCAGGAGUUUGAGACUAGCCUGGCCAACAUGGCGAAACCCCAUCUCUACUAAAAAUACAAAAAUUAGCUGGGCGUGGUGGUAAGCGCCUGUGAUCCUACCUACAUGGGAGGCUGAGACAGGAGAAUCACCUGAACCCAGGAGGCAGAGGUUGCAGUGAGCUGAGAUCGUGCCAUUGCACUCCAGCCUGGGCGACAGGAGUGAAACUCCGUCUCAAAAACGUAAAUAAAUAAAUAAAUAAAUAAAAAGAUACAAAUAAAUAAAAUGGAAGACAAUCCAAUGGGUUAAAAAUAAAAUGUAAACUAGCUUUCAUUUUUACUUUUCAUAGAGAAUCACAUAAAGGAACAGAAAAUGAUGGUAACAAAAUCUUUCUAUAUGGCUUUUAUGUCUUACACCACUCAUUUUUAUUUGGAAAGUAUAACUUUGAUGGGUUUAACAUGGUUAAAUACAAUUUCUCCUGUUUCGCAGAAGUAGAAGAGCUGACACGUUUCACUCAUUUUAGUGUUAUAGGAUAAUGAGACAAACUUAUUUUUAUAAAUCUCUCAAGGUUGAAACCAAUUUAUAUUGCAAAGUCUAAUACAGUAGUUUCUCAUUGCACCACAGAAAACAGUUAAAGGACUGUGAAUAGAGGAUUUCAAUGACCACAUAUUACAAGUCAUCAGUGUACCCUUUAGGGUUUUAAAAAAAUCAAAGCAGAGAAUGAAGUGUUCUUGUCCAAAGUUGUUAUGCAUAAAUUUCAUAGCAGUUUACUUCCUUUUCUUGAAUACAGUUUUUAAAACCAAGAAUGAGCUUUCAGAUUUCCAUAAAAAUAUAAGCCGUACUACUUAGACAAUGAAAUAAUCAGUGCAGCCGUCACUUCUUAGAAUGUAUUUAAACUUCUUCCCCCAACAGUUUUAUUUUCUCCCAGCUGCUAAUUAUUUUCGAAAUUCAUGAAUGUUUUACCUCCUUUUACUAUUCUAAAAGUUAUUUCAGGAAGUGGCCCCAAAGCAGGAGAACUGAGAGGGGCAAAUUGGCCUGGUUUAAUUCAUAGCCUGAAUAAUUGGCAACCUAAAGUUAUAAGUUAGAUGUAUUUUUCUUUCCAAGCCAUCUUCUGAGUCUUUUUUAGGCUGAAAUAAUUUGUUUGUUUCCUAAAUUACUGCUAGCUACUUGAUUCUUUAUGACUACCUAACAUCCACAUUUGGUAGAUACUUUUCCUCUCUGCAUGCGUCCCAAAGAAGAAUUUGCUAUUGUGGAAGAAGAGGAUAAGGGUAUCAGAAUGAAGGAAAUUACAGUGACUACACUGUUUAUGACUCCAUGUUGUGAAUUCUUAAAUAUGUUAUGGAUUUUUUUAGAAAAAAUAAUGCAAAAAUUGGGAUAUUACCGAAUGAUCCAUAAGAAUGAUCAACAAGUAAUAAGUCUUUUCAUGGAGUUCAUUUUUCUUUUAUAUUCAUAUGGCCACAAAAAAUAUAUAUAUAACUUUAAGUGUCUGAUAUAUGAUAACAGCCCAGUUUGUUGGCCACUCAUUUGCAUUAUCUUAAAUCACAAAUAAUUACUUAAUUUGCUGGAGUGUGUGCUUUGCAACUUUUGUACCAGAGCAAAAUUUUUAUUUAAAACAAAAAAUAAGAGUGCCCUUCACUAGGAGAAAUACUCUUCCCAGAAAACACACACACACAUACACACACAAUUUUAAAACUGAGUAAAUUUAAAUGUGUGGAAGUACCCCACAAAUUGAUUUCAACAAAUAAAUUUCAUUUCUCUAGCUACUUAUGUCUGGACUUAUUUUGAGCAUUACAAUUUUAUUGCCUUCAUUUGCCUAUUUAGACUGAUGUAUUUUGAUAUGAUGAAGUUGUGAAUAAAAGCCUUGUGUUCAUUAUUUAUAUAUACUACCUGGUAUGCUAUGUACUGUGUCUGCUCUAGUGCUAUUCCCUAAUGAGCAACUAAGAAGAGAAGACACAACAAUAAACCAUGGAAGUCUCGAGAGGCCAUGGAAAUGAUUUAGAGGUGUAAAAUAUUCCCCAGUUUUUAUUAUAAAUUUUUAUUCAUAGGUUAAAACAUAUCAGCAUAAGUGAUAGUACAGGUGUGACUCCCUUUUCUAGGAGAGAAAAUAGCUUUAUCUGAAAACUCCAAAAACUUUAAUCUUAUCAGAGGUUUUUAAUAGGGGAACUGGGUUUACUUACAAUGAAAGCAUAUUUUCAUUCUGCUAUAGAAAAACAUAUCCCUGCUCAUUCAGUAAAUCUAAGAUUGGAAUGCUUUCUAGAACUGUGCAAUAUUUGAAUAAUUUCUAGAAUUGUCUAAGAAACAACCUUUUUUAUUUUAAAUAAUCACCUACAAACGUAGUCUGAGACUGCAAAUUAGUUUUCACUUGAAUAAUUCAGCAUUGUAGAUUAGUUACCAUUUGCUCUAUAUAGUCUAUUGAAGGAACUACUGUUAUUCAUAUUUUGAUUAAUUUUACUAGCAACAAAUUUUUAUUUUAGUAGCAUUGCAUUUACCUUAAAUAUAUAAAAAUGAAGUUGUAACAGGAUCAAAUAUGGAAAUGGCAAUGGUAACUCUGCCUAGAACAUGGUUGAAUGUCCUUGGUUAUCUGUAAGUUGCAAAGAUCUAUACAAAUUUUAUCAUAUGUCAAAAUGAUGUCUAAAUACACAGUUUCAACUAUUUCUUCCUCCCUAAAACUAAAACUAAAGCAAACCCAAAUGAAGAAACCUAAACUUCUUUUCAUCUAAUAGUUACACCCAACUAGAUAAUAGUAGCUUCUAGGCAUCAAUAAAAAGAUUUCAUUUUAACUGUCUUUUUAAUUUGUAAAAUAUAUGAGUAUGGAAUUUUGUAUCUAACUUGAAAUUUCAGAUGUUUUAAUAAUCAAAUACUUUCUUCUUUAGCAUGCCAAAGUACUAAUAGUUUAAAAAAUUUAUUUAGAUCUAAACAUAUACAUUACUUGACUUUUUCAAAAGUAUCAAAAAAUUGAUAGCUGCAGAAAUGCCAUUAUUUGAUUUUCUAUAAAACAUUGAUUCAUUCUUAAAUGUAUAUUCUUUAAAAAAUAGUAAAUACCUCAAGAGUGACAGAAGACUUUCCUUUUCUGUAAUGCUAAUUUAAACUUUGAGUCUUAGUUUACAUGGUCAUAGGGGUUAAGUAAUAAAAUGUAUACCUGUACAAUUAAUUGUGUUCUUAUGACCUGAUGAUUUUUUGAAAAUUUGCUUUUCUCUCAAGAAAUUUAAGUUUUCAAGGGCCAUAUUAGUUAUCUAAAUAUUUUGGUCUAAUGUUGACAAAUAAAUAAAAAUUUAGAAAUAUAUUCAUGAUGACAAUUUUGUUACUUACACUGCCUAUUCUUUCUUUAUUUCUUUUUUAGUUCAAAGGUGAAAAUUUUGAUCUUUGUAUUAACAAAGCCUCAAGAAAAGAGAAAUCCUGCCUUUUAAACAUUGGUUUUCAUUGCAUUUUAUGGUGGUGUGGUUUUGCCUCAGCAAUAAUAAAACAUAAAAUAUGUUGUUGCAUCAAGUUCAGUUUGUCUGCUGAGAUUAUUUUUAAGAACCAGGUUGAAGUCUCUAUGCCUAAAAAAACAUUUAUUGUCUGGAUCCAUAUAAAGCAAGUUACAUGGCUACAAAUAAGUCUUGCAACCAAAAUUGGUAUAUUAAAAUUUACUGCACACUUGGAGAUUGCUGCCAUUUUUUGGUGCUUUUGGGGCCUCAUCAUAAAGGGAUGUAUUGUAUAUUGAGGGAAAAUUACUCAAGUUACACAUUCUACAUUAACUGUGCUGUAUUAUCUACAGCUAUAAUCAAUGGACCAAUAGUUCCUAAAUUAGUAACAAGGCUUACCUUACAAAAGUAAUGAGAUAACACUGAUAUUUCUGUUUCAAAGGCUAACAGCAAUUCUUGGGUCCUGAGCUAAUCAUUUCAUACAAUAACUAAUGUACAUGCUACAACAUCUGAAUAUUAAUGGUUUUGCCGCAGAUUCUGGGUAUGAGGAUUAGCUUGAAAGCCAUACAUUUGCUAACAUGAAUCAUGACUCAAAUUAUCCCCAUGUGCUUUACUACCUGUAUAUGAAUGCAAAUGUUACAGAAAAUAUGCUUGAAAUGUCAAUACAGUGUGCAAUUAGCGUUGCAUUGUCAUGCUCCAGCAUGUGAUAUCUGUAUGGUGAAGUUAUUUCAAUUACUCUGAUAUGUUACUACAAUAAAAAAAGUUUAACCUAAGAAAGCUA